AUUAUAAUAAUAAUAAUAAUAAUAAUAAUAAUAAUAAUAAAAUUAUCGUAUACGAAGGAACAGGCAAUAGCGCUUUGUUACUACUCAUGGAGAAUAUAUGGAAUACGUAUAUAUAUAUGUGAUAUUCAUAUAAGUACGUACUACUUACGUAUGUACGAUACAAUACAAACGGAGAUAUCGCAAGAGUCAGAUUCAGUUCCGUCGGGUAGUUUAUUGAUUUUUUUUACCUACUCCAACAAUGAUAGUCGGUUAGCAUUGUUACGUUGUGGAUAACCAAAGGUAAUUCAGAUACAUGAAAAAUCGAAUAUACAAUAACAUUGCUUUCUUUUUCUAUAUUAUAUUAUAUAGAUAAAUAAUAGUAAUAAUAAUAAUACUAGUAAUAAUAACAAUGAUGAUGAUAAUGAUAGAUAAUAAUAAUAAUGAUAACAAUGAAUAAUAAUAAUAAUAAUAAUAAUAAUAAUAAUAAUAAUAAUUUUCUACGCGAGCGACGAGUGGAAAUAACAUUCAAUGUUAAUAACUUUUUAUAUAUUAAAUAUUAUGAAUAUUUCAAAAGAGAGAAUAUUUCGCUUUUGCGAUAUUCGAGAGAAUCAAUGAUAAUGAUACGGAGAAAUAAUAAUUCCAAGAAACGUUUGGUACGAGCAUAAAAUUCGAUUCGAUUCGAACAAUUUAUCGUAACGCAGGAAAACGAGAAGCUUGGGACACAAGGGCAAACGCAAAUUAUAAAUAUAGCGUUGAGAACGGCUCGCACAGGAAACACGGAGAUAAAUGAGCAUAGACUGGAAAAAGAGCGGAUUCGACAGAGCGAAUAUAUUGGAUACCGGGCACAUGGGGCAGAGGGACGAAUGAACAGCAUCCGGUUUUCUGAAUCACCGAGAUAUUCUUGAGGAAUACGUAAGGGACGAGUUUAAAUCUUCUUCGUGUAGAUCGUGAAAAUUCGGUUGGCUUCGUAUCGAUAUCGAACUAUGUAUACAUCUACUUUUCUAUGAAAUUAAAUGAACGAGUUUAGUUUCGAACUAUUUUGAAGUGCGAAGGGAGAAAAAGAGAGAAAGAGAAGAAGGAUAACAGAAAGGGGAGAUAAGAGAGAAAAAAAAGGAAAAAAAAAGAAGAAGAAGAAAGGAAGAGAAGUCAAGAGAAAAGGAGCAAGGACUGUAAACUUGGAUUUUUGGAAUUUUUUGAAGGAUAUAUAUUAACAAAGUUCUCAAAAAUUGUUAUCACUAUGAGACAAUGCGUGGACGCUAUUUUGUUGCACGGAGGUACAGGAAUACCAUUGAGUCAUCAUUAUGUAAAUGAUGCAGAUCAAUAUGACUCUUCAAUCAAUGAUGAUAAUACAAAACCUUUGGAAAAAUUCUACUUAAUCACAGAACAAAGGUGGCACACAGAUACUGUGCUACCAAUCUCUUUACUGCCGUCUACCGAGGGAAUGUCUGCUCGAUCUCAUCACAGGAUCCGGCAGUCCACGACGGGACUGGAUGAUGCUGGUAUGGAUUUGCAAGCAGCUCAACUCAGUACCCGUACAGGUCAGGAGGUUCGCUCUACUGCUACUCUAUCAUGGCUAGAUUGGCAGUUGCCUCUUUUCGUAGCACUUUGCGCCAUUGCCGGUGCUAUUUUAUUUACAUUUCUGAUCUUGUUAUGGCUACGGAAACAAAUGUCGCGUGAAAAAAAUACAGAAGAUGGUGACAGGAGAGGUCUAGUAGAAGAAGGAAUGGUGGGCCGUACAGAUAAAACUGGGAAGGGUACUCAGAGUUCUGUGGAAGCACAAUGGGUUCCUCAAUCGGUAACAAAACCAUCAGUAUCUACGCAAAAAGAAAAACCUUCUACAGCCACUUCUGGUUUACCAGAAAUAAUGGCUGUGGCUACACCAGAACGAAAAAUAGAGCCAAUUCGCGUAAAGGCAAAAGGAUUAUUAGAACGGCGUGGUUCGAGUGCAAGUUUGACUAUAGAACUAGCACCAGCACCUGAAAGUCCACCUCAUAUGGUCACCCCAACUCGCGAAUGUACAGCGGAAGAAUUUUUACUGAGUGCUGGAAAUGUCUUAUCUAGAACUCAAUUGAAAAAAGCAAUAAGUGAUCCUGCAUCACUACAUAAAGAAUUUUGGGAAGUACCAUUGAAUCUUCCUGAAAAAGUUGAUAUAUGUGGAGCUGGAGUAAAAAAUAGAUAUUGUACCGUAUUACCCAAUCCACAAUCUAGAGUGGUUUUACCAGUUUUACCAGGUUCUUCUGAUGAUCCACUUUCUAGUUAUAUAAACGCCAAUUAUAUCAGGGGAUAUGAUGGAGAAGAUGCACGUUAUAUCGCAACACAAGGACCAUUAGCUCAUACAGUGGGAGAUUUCUGGAAAAUGGUUUGGGCAGAAAAAGUUCCUGUGAUUGUUAUGAUGACGAGAUUACAUGAAGCUGCUAAAACGAAAUGUGACAUCUACUUUCCUUUAGAUAAAAAUAAUCGUUUGCAAGCUGGUCCUUUCACGAUUAUAGUUAACUCUAUCAAUAACAAAGAUGGUUAUACCGUUAGAGAUUUGGAGAUUAGAUACGAAAAAGAAAGACGUCACGUACAGCAUUAUUGGUAUGAUUCAUGGCCAGAUCAUGCUGUACCUCAAGCAGCAGAUGCUCUUGUUAAUCUAGCUGCAGAAGUAAAUGCUCUCUCUGGGCCUGUAGUGGUACACUGUAGUGCAGGUAUUGGACGCACUGGAUGUUUCAUAGCAUUAGCAAUAGGAAUGACUCAACUCUUAAGAGAUGGUAAUGUUGAUGUACUAGGUAUCCUAUGUCAAAUGAGGUAUGACAGAGGAGGUAUGGUUCAAACUGCUGAACAGUAUGAAUUUGUUCAUCGAGCACUUUGUUUAUUUGAACAAACACUCGAUGGCAAAGCAUCUGUAUCAAGGGAAUAAAUAAUUGCUUUGAAUGAUUAUUAGAGAAGCAAGUACUGUUGCCUACAACAAUCCUAUUUCGUCCAGAUAUGUACAUCUGCCACAAAACAACAACAACAAAAAAUAGUUUCAAACGAAUCUCAGUGUCAGCCUUGAGGUAAGCAAGGAGGUCUCAACUAUUUCAACAUUUGGAUGAAUUUUGCCUCAUCUAAUAUGCUGCCAUUCUAUACUGCCAUGACAAAUCGUUAACAAUUGAUAUGAGUCGCGUAAAAAUUUCUCAAUUAUUUAUCAUUUGAUCAUCUAUCCUACUAAAAAAGCAUUUUUUAUGCUAAAUUAAAAAUCAAAGUAAAAUUCAUCUUUAAUGAACAAGUACUGAUUAUGUGGAACAUAUUUGUACAAAAAAAGCGAUUGAAUAACUUUACUGUAACAAUUUAAAUAUUACAUUCUCAUAGAAAUGCCCACUAUUUGCCAGAUAAAACAUAUUUAUUUUCUUUUUAAUUUUUAUGGGGUUGUUGCAUUUUUUAAUUCACGUUUAUAUACAUUCCGUACGUGGCACAAAAUAUAUAAGUUUUUGUAGGUUUGACGGGAAAAAAAAAAAAAAAAACAAGUGUGAAGUGAAAAUUUUCACUAUUUCACCUUAUACUCUCAAAUAUGAAGUAGUCCUUCUUUAGCUCUUCAAUGCUAUUAAACAUAAAAUAACUGAACUGCCCUGAUAUGCAGAUUCCAGGGAUUAAUUAUAACUGUUUUAUUGGACUAUGAAUGAUUGAAAUUUGAAUGAUAGAAAAUGAAUGACGAAGAAUUUGGGACCCAUGUCAUAUAAACGCUCUUAUCCUAUUUGUAGUUCCUAGUUGAUUUUGGAGUUUGAUGUUUAACAUGGACUAUGAUUUUCAUGAUUUUUAUUUAACUUACAAGCAAAGACUGAAUGUAAAGAGUACAAUAUGACUAUUAGUUCAAUAUGUAGUAAAAAUUUUGAAAACUUCACGAAUCAAAUUUUAAAGUAAUACAGUUCAGUAGUUUAAAAUAAUAUUAUUUAAAUAUUUUAGAUUAUAAACAGUACUUUUUAUUUCGAUAAUAUUUAGAAUCUCUUCAUUAUAAAAAAAAAAAAAAGUAAAGCAAAAUGAAACUCUUACUAUUGUAUCUACCAAUGUAUAUAUAGAUUUAGUUAUUUAUUCCGUUUGUUGCUUCACAUGCCAAUCAAUAUUUAAUAUUAAUAAUGGGUGAAUGUGUGUAACAUUAUAUGAUAAUUAACGUGAAAAUAUCGGACAUAUGAAUGUCUCUGUGUACAAUUAACUCUUGUUUGUAACAAGGAUUAAUAUUUAGCUGACAAUAAAUGUGAUUUACGUUACCCCAUUUUUUGGUGGCACGAAUUGCAAUAAGCGAUUUAUGGUAAAAUAUUUAAAUUUAAUUUCGAAAGAUCUUAGAAGUGUGUACAUUAUUUUGCAUUGUCGGUAAAUUAUAUACAGUAUAUAUACACAGGCAUAAAAUAUAUCGUAAAAUCAAUAUAUAUAUAUAUAUAUAUAUAUUUAUAUAAUCAAUAUAUAUAUAUAUAUUUAAAAUAAAUAAAUAUAUAUAUAUUUAAAACAUACAAAUAAUGGUUGCAUUAAUUUUUAGAUGAUAUAAAACACACUCUUUUGUAUGUAUAUUAUUCCUAAAUCGAUAUAUACAGAUUAUCUUCUCAGUAAAUUAUUGAAUUCCUGCUAUAUGUUUCUAUAUUAUAUUUAUUUUUAUUGAAAACUCUGGAUUAUAUUUACCUAAUCGUUAUAUAUUACAAUUCCAGCAUUUUAUGCGUUUAGUAAUAUAUUUAAUUCAAACAUUUUUCAAAUACAUAUACAACUUCUUAAUUCGCAGUUAUUCUAUACAGGAAAAAUUGCUCCUUUUAUAUAAUAAUCAAAACCUUCCUAUUUACCUCAUCAGCGUGUUAACAGUAUUUGCUUUAAUUUAUGCUACUCUUCCAGAUUAUUCAUAAUUAUUAUUCUUCGAAGUUUACAAUUCUAGGAUAGAUGUUUGAUGAAUGUAUGAAGAGAGAAAGAGAUUGUGAUAUAUACAUAUAUAUGUAUAUUGUACAUACAUUGUACAGAGAGCAAAAAAUAUAUUUAAGAGAAUAUGUAUUUGUUUAAGCAAAGCGAGAGUAUAUAAAUUAUUUAUGUCUGUGCAAAGUCGCAUAUGACUAACUAAUUGUAUCAAGAAUAUAACAAUAAUUAUAAUUUAGCAGCCCCUUGGUGUUCAAUUGUACUUAUGUGACGUAAUAAAUGUUUAUAGUAUCCAUGGA